AUGGAGCUCACCAUGGCUGUCAAUACCCAUGCCCUUUUCUACACGACUAAGGCGUUUGUGCCAACCAUGCUGGAAAACAAUCAUGGACAUGUGGUCACCGUCGCCUCCAUAGCCGGCAAAGUUGGUGUCUCUGGACUUGUUGAUUACUGCGCUUCCAAGCAUGGAGCCAUCGGCUUCCACGAGUCACUGACAGCUGAAUUGGAUGCUCUCGGCAAAGAUGGCGUCAAGACAACAGUUGUUUGCCCAUACUAUAUCGAUACAGGAAUGUUCGAUGGAGUUCAAACAAAAUCACCGACACUUUUACCCGUUUUGCAACCACAAUAUGUCGUCGACUGUAUCAUGGAAGCUGUACUUACUAACAAAGAAAUGAUCUCAAUGCCACGAUUCAAUUACUUUGUGAUGUUUGCCAUUGGUUCUUCAAAUAUGUCCACAUUCUUCCAACCGUCACAGAUAGAUCCAUCAUCGGUUAUCAACAAUUUCCAGCCUAUUGCCAACAGACGUCUUACGCGUCGUCAGAGAUUAUUUGGGUGGUAA